UUCCUGAUUGCAGAGGGAGACCGGGUUAACCUGCUAGGGUUAGAUUGGUUUGAGCCAUUGGGCAUUGGUAUUUCUGGGAUUAACAGGAUGUCUGAAAAUAAAUGGGGCAUGCUGUACGACCUGUUCCCUGAUGUAUUUGCCGAAGGGUUGGGGAGGUACAAGGGCCCCCCGGUUGCGUUUGACUUAGAUCCGUCAGUCAAACCUAUUAGGUUGAAGUAUCGGAAAGUACCUGUGUCUCUCAAACAUAAGGUGGAAAAAGAGAUUGACAAACUAGUUGAGCAAGGGGUUUUAGAGCCAGUACCAUACAGCAAAUGGGAGACCCCGAUCGUAACCCCUGUCAAAUCAGAUGGGUCCAUACGACUAUGCGCCGAUUACAAAUGUACGAUUAACAAGGCGCUGCAGCAACAUUCGUACCCGGUCCCGGUAAUAAGCCACAUUUUGGCUUCCCUGGGGGGUGGCAAGAUUUUCGCCAAAUUUGACCUGGCCCAGGCAUACCAGCAGUUGCCUGUCACCCCGGAGGCUGCCGAGGCCCAAACAAUUGUAACCCACCAAGGGGCUUUUAAAGUGAACAGGCUGCAAUUCGGGGUCAACGUAGCACCUGGGAUUUUUCAGGGCCUCAUGGAACGUCUACUAAGGGGGGUACCUGGCACAGUGCCCUAUUUUGACGACGUGCUGAUUGCGGGCGGGUCUGAACAGGAACUACUGGACCGGGUUAAAGAGGUCCUCAGGCGUUUUCAAAAUGCCGGUCUCAGAGUUAAGCGCUCAAAAUGCACGCUCGGGGUGGAAAGUGUGGACUUCCUGGGGUUUCGCAUUGACGCAGAGGGAGUCCACCCCACGGAUGAGAAGGUAUCUGCAAUCCAAAACGCCCCCAGGCCGGAGGCAAAAUGGAAGUGGGGGCAGGCCGAGGAAAAGGCUUUUGUGGGAGUCAAGGAGCUGCUGACAUCUAAUGCCGUACUCACGCAUUAUGAUGAACACAAGCUCCUGGUGUUAGCUGCUGACGCUUCACCUUUUGGAGUAGGCGCAGUUUUAAGCCAUCUGAUGCCUGAUGGGAGCGAAGCGCCUAUCGCUUUUUAUUCUAGAUCACUAUCUGCGGCAGAGCGGAACUAUGCCCAGAUAGACAAGGAGGGUCUGGCGUUGGUAGCGGCUGUCAAAAAGUUCCAUGAUUUUAUUUUUGGCAGACGAUUUUUGCUGGUCACUGACCACAAGCCGCUACUGGGGAUUUUUGCGCCCGAUAAGCAAUUGCCAAACAUCAUGUCCCCACGCAUGCUUAGAUGGGCGAUAUUUUUGCAGGCUUAUGAUUUUGACUUAGAGCACCGGCCUGGGAAAGCGAUUGGGCAUGCGGAUGCCCUCAGCCGGUGCCCGGUGCCGGACAUUGGCGCAGACCCUGCCCCCGCCUGUGAGGUCUUGGCAAUUGAGGAGCUUCCUCGACCCCCGGUAUCAUCCAGGGACAUUGCAGCACACACGGCCAAGGAUAGCGUGCUGUCCCGAGUAUUAAACUGGGUUUGGAGGGGGUGGCCGGUUGGAAGCGUUGAACCGGAGUUCGGCCCUUACAAAAGCCGUCAAAAUGAACUAUCCAUUUCUAAGGGCUGUGUAUUAUGGGGGAACAGGGUGGUGGUUCCUGACAAACUCAGGACGAGAGUGUUAGAGUCGCUGCACGAGGGUCACCCCGGUAUGGUACACACCAAAGCGUUGGCCAGAGGGUAUGUCUGGUGGCCGGGGCUGGACAAAGAGAUCGAAGAAUGGGUUUUCGCACGAAAUUAUAAUCCUGCAGAACCUUUUUUUGGUGGCAGUGGAGGAAAACACUGGGUGGGAGAAUCUGCAGCUGUUGCAUCUCCCGUGUCUGAGGAAUUUAAUAUUGGCAUUAUCCUGUUGUGCUUGAGAAGCCUCUGUGCCGCUCAGGGAAGGGACUACAGCAAAGAAGUGGUGAUGUUCGUUUUCUUGGAUGCAAAGGCUGAUGAGGCUGAAUGUUCCAUAUGA